AUGAAAAUUUCAAUAUUACAGCUAGUGCCGGUUAUUAGCUACGUUGGAUUCACAUUCGGAGAACUAUACAAGCCCAAAAACUCUAUUCCCUGCUCCACAAAUAAGCCAUGCCCCGCUGAAUGGCCGUGUUGUUCGCCAUAUAAUGAAUGCGGAGCUGGACCGAUAUGUCUAGGUGGCUGCAAUGUAAGGUCCUCCUUCGAUGAGGAAAGCUGCGCCCCUAUACCCGCUUUAGUGGCCAAUUUAAAACUUGAAUUUUUUAGCACACCAAAAGUUCCUAAAUUCAUCGUGAAUUAUCAACCUAAACCACCAAUCAGGGAGGAAAAUGGACCAAAUAAGGCAAAUGCCAAGGUAGGCAUAGUAGAAGGGGAGCUAAAUUCCAAGAGAAUCAUACAUUACGCAAAAUUCUUGGUCACUCCGGAUAAUAAAGAAGCAGAGAAAAUGCUGGAAGAUUUCGAUUUCACACAUAGCGGCUACACAUCAAUUGAAGCGAGCGGCGGGAAUAUUGUUUUGGCUAUGCCAAAAAAAACUACUGGAAGUUUGAUUACAUCGACUAGGUCGUUCCUAUAUGGUAAGGCAAGCGUGCGAAUGAAAACAGCAAGGUCAAGAGGCGUGGUGACCGCAUUUGACCUGACAUCCGCAAUUGGGGACGAGAUCGAUUUUGAGUGGCUGGGUGGUGAUCUGACGAUGACCCAAUCAAACUACUAUUCUCAAGGGCACUUGGAUUAUACAAAAAUGCAAAGAUUUCCCGUAGGAGCUGACACUUCGGCAACUUACCACAGUUAUGAGAUUGAUUGGGACCCAGAUAGAAUAAUAUGGUACAUUGACGGUAAACUAGCCCGCACAGUCCUGAAAAAGGAUACCUGGGACCCAAUUAGUAAAGAAUAUAGGUAUCCACAAACACCGAUGAGGCUAGAAAUCGCUGUUUGGCCAGGCGGCUCGGAAACCAACGGACCCGGUACGAUAAACUGGGCUGGUGGUCCCAUAGACUGGGAAAAUUCACCCGAUAUCAUCGAAAAGGGCCAAUUUACGGCGCACGUUGAACAAAUCACCGUAACGCCGUACCAAAAUAAAUUCACAGAACAAGUGCAGUUUUGUUUAAAGGCAAAGAAGAAGGCGCCAACCAUUUCCCAAAAAGAUUUGUCAAAAGUAGUCGCUUCGUACAAAAGGCAAGACAGAGUGAUUCAUUAUCGCGAGGAGUCUCUUCAAUGGGAUUGCUUUGUUACUCCGAAGAUAAACGACUGGCUAAGUUCUUGGAAACAGUCAAAAUGGUUACAGCAAUAA